GAGGAGGGGUGGGAGGGAAAGGGAAGACGGCAGACGGUCGCCUCACUCCAGUCUGACACGGUGUCGUGCACGGGAUAGACGCGUUGGGUUAUUUGUCCUCAACUUGUAGGUGUUUUUUUUUUUCUUCUUCUGCGUCUCCUCUCCUGGUUUCUCCGCCUUACUCCGUCGCCAGGUAGAGUGCGCCGGACCAUAUCUCUUGAGAAGGAACUUCCCACGUCUGGAAGGAAUCGAGUCAAAAUGUCUUACAGAGAGAGUUCUUUAAGCAUCUGACAGUCAGCCACCUGUAGACAAGAUGCCACAGCUCCAUCAACCCAGACAACUACUGUGGUCAUGCAUCAGCGCCAUUAGUGAAAUGGUCAUUGCUCAAACUCUGUCAUGUCCGGAGCCUAUCCAGAAUGUCAGUACACGUAAAUUGCUACUCAAGUACGUGCCACCUCUUCUGCUGCAGGACAUUCUGAACUGUGUCAUGCGCAUGAUUGCCAUACACCACGCACCAAGAGCCUCUGCGAAAGUUGUAACGUGCCUUUUAGAAAUACUCAUUCACCCCAGGUUACUGGAGCUACGUCUGUCAGAUCUUAGUUAUGUGGGGAGCGUCGAGCUAGAAGCACUGGACAUGGUAGAGAACACAUUGAUAAAGUUGCUACCCUCCCUGUCGCACCUGACUCACCUUAACCUGUCCACAAACCGAAACAAGAUCACCUUCCCCUCCUGUUCCACGGAGAUCCUGCAGGUGGUGGGAUGCUCCUGCCCCAACCUGCAGCUCCUGGACCUCAACCACAACAACCGUGUCACAGGGGAAGGCCUGCUGUACCUCUAUCCCUCCGACACGCGGGAUGGUUGCGCCAAACUGGAGAAGCUCUUCAUCCAGGACUGCAGCAUCGAGCCAGAGGACGUGGCAAUGCUGAUCCACUUCUUCCCAAACCUGCAGAUCGUGGGCUACAAGGAGCUCGGGACAUCGCUGCAGAUGCUCAAGUCGCAGCCCAGGAAAUUUAGUUGGAAGAGGAGACGCUACCAGUACUGCCUCAAGUUGACACACGUUGACAACUCGCUAUCAAGGGUGCAGAGGUGUGAUGGGGACGUGGUUGACUUUGUGUGUGAGUCGUGCCCGGAUCUCGAAAACUUGAAAGUGAGAGUGUGUGAUGAGGAUGUGGGAGGAAUGGGCAGGUUAGAAAAACUGAAACAUCUUGAGCUCAGAUUUUACACUGGAGUGCAUCACCCUAUUAGCCUCUCCACAUUAAGUUACCUGAUGGACCAUGGUCAUAGACUAGUCUCUUUAGCUAUCUUUUGCAACAGGCUACAUGCCCGCCACAUCCAGACAAUCGCAGAAAAUUGCAUCAACCUCAAGAAGCUGUUUCUACAUGCCAAUGCAGCUGUCAUGGACACCUUGCUGCAAUCAAAUGAAAAUGCAAUGAGCAAGUUAGAGGUGCUGAGUUUACGGCUCGGCCACGACGAGCUAAUCAUGAGUCCCGGUGCCUGUGAUAUCGCCUGCUUCCUCGUACAGCCGGCAAAGGCCCUCCAGGAACUGUACCUUCUGGUUCGGUCCCACGGCAUCAACCACGCAUUCAUAGUGAGGCUGCUGGAGAUCAAUCCCCUUUCAAAACUGAAGAUAUUAAUAGCAGAUGCACCAAGGAGGACUUUAGCAGCUCCCAUGUUAGAGCUGACUUUCGACACAGCCUAUCUCAUCAUCAAUAGCUGUCCGUCUAUUCAGCUUCUCGGAAACCUUAUAUGCUGGAGUGUCACUUCAGCUCAGGUGGCAGAAUUACGAGCUGUGAUACGAAUGUGCAACUAUAACCUCACCAUCAUUCACACACAGGCGAACAGGCUGAACAACAAGCACUUUUAAGCUUAAUCAGGGGGUGGUAGCCAACUGUAGUAUAACUUCAGGACUGAUUUUAAUAAAUAGUGCAAAAUAAAUAGUUAUGUAGAAAAACUGGUUAUAAGAAGGUGGUUGUUCAGAAAAAAAGUAAAGAAAAGUCUAUGCAUUGAGGAGAUAUCAGAACUAAUACUUGUAUUAUAAUAUUAUGUUAUAAUAUCAUCUGUAUUUUCAUCUUGACUUGGUCACAUUUUAGGUGAGCUUUACGUACUUCUAUUCUUUUCAUCCUUUGUUUUUACUCGUUCACUUAUCUUAUGCUUCAUUAUCAUCAUUAGUGUGAGUUAGACAUGGAAAGGCUUUUGCUCAUUGGUCACACGUUUAUUACAGAAUGACAGCACAAGCAGAAUAAUGAUAAUAAUGACAUGUAUAUUAGAGUAUUUGUAGUUGUGGCUUUUAUAGCAUGUCUGGAUGAAAUGUUUUUCAUUGGGGAAUUUAUUCCUUUUUUUUUUUUUUAUCUAACUCAGAAUGUACAAAUGCCGUUCCAGUUUCAGAGUAUGUUUCCACAGUAAUAUUUUUACAGUACAAGUGAUAGUGAUAAAUGGCGGAAAUUAGUAUUAUAGAUCCACAUACGUACAUGAAUACAUAAACAGAAAUAGGGGGCAAAUAGUAUUUUUCUUUGAAAAUGUUCAGAGGUAUAUUUGCUAAUAUUAGAUAAUAUUCCUAUUUGUAUUCCAGUGCAGGUGUUCAAAAAUGAAAUAAGAUUUUUAUAGUGCAAAGUAACAUGUCACGUACAGAGUUAUAAACGACGAUACCUUUAUUUUUCGUUAAUCAUAUAUGUUUAUACAUGUGCACAUGUGUUUUUGUGCGUGUUUAGCAUCAAAAGAGACAGGAUGUUGUACCCUUAGAUGCUUGAGAAUUCUUACACGGUCAAGUCGUAUUAAUUUUUUUUUUUUUUUCUAGAUGAUAGUUACAUGAAAUGCUAGUCCAUCCACCAAUAUUAUUCUUUGAGUAUCUUGUGAUCAUUCGUGUAGCAGGUACUCAGUUAUAUAAAAGCUGGUUUAACUGUAUUUCAGUAGAGUGUAGAGUUCACUUCGAGGAAAGUAUUUGGCUAUAUCCCAUUUCUACUGCCUUAUGAGAUUUAUUUUGUCAGCAAGCUCAAUUUACGGAUAGUUACUUUCGUUUGUUUUAGUGAUUUUUAUCAUCUUUGUUUUCUUCUGCUCUUUCUGUUUCUUUUUUUUUUCAUAAUCUUUGUUAUCUUCUUCUUUCUUUCAUUCUUUCUUUCAAAGGUUUGUCCUUUUUAUAUAAUAUGUAAUGAAAUGAGAUGUUCUUUUAGGUCUGAUUUAGCUCUCUCUAGCUAGAAACUAGUUACCUGCAAGGUUGGUGAAAUUUUAUAUAAAUUGUAGAGACAUAUUUUGAAGUGAAGUAUUAAUAUUAGAAGUAAUUUCCUAGAAAAAGUUUAAAGAUAUUCAGAUUUUUAUUGCAUGUGUUGAUUAUAUAGUUUUAUUGCAUUUCUGUUUGCGUUAAUUGUGUUGCCUGUUUUCUGUAUUUAAAGCAAAAGCAAAAGAUGUUUCAUGUAGACCAUUGAAAUAUAUAUUACUACAUCAGCAUAAUCCUUAGAGGCAUAUAAAACAGGGGAUAUCUUUCUUCAGUAGUCUUUAUGCUAAAAUAUUUUCUUUUUGUGAGAGUUGAAGGUGACUGUCCAAACAUGACGAGGUUGUAAAGGAACCAUUACUUCAUGCAAGUAUCAUUGCAUUGUCAAAAAUGUGAAUGACUUUUUCUUGUUAAUAUUAUGCAAUGAAAUGUUUGCAAGAAUGGGUAGUGAGAUGUGUUACAGUAUUAUAUAUUACUGAAUUAUAUUUAUUGUUUUACAUAAUUUUUUUUUGCCUUUUUCUUUUUCUUUGAAGAAAACAUGGUUGGUACAAAUGAAGGUCCAGUCUUUGAACAAUACUUAAACAUAAAUAUAUAUUUAUUACUCUGCAAUGUGUCAGUACUCUGAGUAUUACAGAAUUUUAUCUUUGUUUAGAACAAACAAGAAAGCUCAUAAUUAUAGGGGUAUGGUUCUAAUUAGUACAGAUCUAUUAUACCAGUAAAUAUGAAAAAAUAAGAUAGUUAAACACAAACAUUUCAAAUGGCUGAGGUUUAGCACAAAAUGUGUAAUGUGUGAAAUAGCUUAAGAGUGUGAAUAAUAACCCUUUUUCCAUCAAGAACAAUGAAUUGUAUACAAUUUAUCAGUUAGCAGUGGAAAAAGACAAGCAAAUUAUGAACUCUCCCCAACCUUGAAUAGGUGUCAGUCUUGAGUCCUACAGGAAAUGUAAGGCAUGAUAAAACUGAAAUGGAAGACUUGUUAGUCAGUGAGGACUUAUGACUUUAUACCCAAAUCUGGAAAAAUUUAUAUUAUUGAUAAUUUUCUGCCACAUCAAUAUCUAAUGUCAUUAGCAGCAUAUUCAAAAGACAGCAAUAGGGUGGGGCUUGGGGGCGAAGCCCCCAGGUAUAGCAUUAUCAUAAAGUAUUGUGGCAAUUAGGACAAGUGGAUAAGCAAUGAAGACAAGAAGAAAAGGGAAGGGGGAGCCCCCCCUCACAACAACGAGCAAGAGAUGGGGGGGGGGCGCAUCAGGGAGAAGAGAAAGGUAUUAUAUUUGCAAGAUUCAUGAGGAAUUUUGCCCCUGACAGCCAUAUAUAGAUGGGAUAUAAUGAAACAAAUCCCUUGUACCUGAGAUAACGAGUGCAAACAGAACAAGGUUAAGGAAGAUUUAUAGUCAGUUUUAAAUCAUUUUAGUGUUAUCAGUAGUGCCCUCAGAAAUUUAUUUUGGAAAAAGCUAAAUUGCAUUUUCUUAAAGCUGCAUGAAAUCAAGACUGAAAUAAGUUGGAUGUUAACCAGUUCUUUGGCUACAAAAGAAUUGAAUAGGUUUUGAAAUAGCAAGAAGGUGGUUGGGAAAUAUUGAACAGCAGUUGAUCAGAUAGGAAUAAAAAAAAUUGUACUAUCAAGGAUAAUAUUUGCUAAUAUGUAAAAAACAAGUGUAAGUGUUGAAAAUUAAAUGUUUGAUGCCCUGCUUCUAAAGCACCAUGAGUGACUGAAUAAUACUCUGUAAUUAUUUUGUGCUGUUAUUCUGAUGAGAAUUGUGCAUCUCCCUAUGAACUAGUGGCAGGUGAUGGAUGGCAUGCGGAGUGCAGUAUUAAUAUUUUUAUUAUUGAUUUAUUUUAUUUUAUUUUUUACUAUUAUAUUUCUUUCAUUGUGAUUAGAAAUUGUGCAUGUAACAAGGUCAUACAAAAUAGAUGUGUAAAGAAAAUUGGGGCCAGCAUGGGGUGUGGGCCAGAAGAGCUGGGCUACAAAUAAUACUACUGGCUGACAAUUUAUUCUACAAGGCACCUGACCCCAAUCACCUUUUUUCUUUCUUUCUUUUUUUCUUUCUUUCUUUCUUUCUUUUUUUCUUUCUUUUCCAACACCCAAUAGCAUUUUAUGAUUGCAAUGUUUCCUUUCCUGCUGCACUAUAUAGCAAAGUGGUAUUUCUGUAUUAUCGGUGAAAGUCACUGAUUUGUGAUUUGAAAAUUUACCUUAGUUUUCCCUUUCCUUUAAGCACUAUAAUCAGUGCUAGAUGGUAGCCACUGGGAAUGUGGGG